AUGGACGACGCCGCGCGCGCGCUCGAGCGUGCGCUCGCGUGCGCGGACGCGACCUCGAGCGCGCGGUCGCGCGAAGUGCUCGACGCGGUGGAGGAUUUCUCUCGAGCGCUCGAGGAGAGGAGUCGAUCGACGGAUGGGUCGUUGACGACGUCGGACGACGAGCGACGAUGCGAGGACGCGCUCGUGCGCGCGGUGCGCGCGCCGGUGGGCAACGCGUCGAGCGCGCGCGCGGCGAUGGCGCUGGUCGAGCGGUAUCGGGGGAGAGAGGGUGGCUCGAUGUGGUCGCGGGCGAAUGAACUGUUGGACGCGGCGACGCGAUCGAGCGCGAGCGCGUUCGAACGCUCGAGCGCGCUCGAGGCGCUGACGCGCGUGGUGCGAGAGUUUGGUGGGAAGUUGGUCGGCGCUGGAUCGUCGUACGCGAAGGCGGCGUGUGGGAUCGCGAAACCGAACGAGGACGCGAGGUGUAAGCGCGCGGCGUUGCGGCUGUUCGCGGCGACGUGCGCGCGGGCCGGCGGUGGGAUCGACGCGAAGAGCGCGAUGUCGUUUUACAAGACGAUCGUUCGCUUAGAGGCGGACGCGUCCGCGGGUGUCCGCGCGGCGUGUGCCGAAGCUCUCGGUGCGCUCGUCUUUGUGCGCGGAAGGCAGAGCGAAACGAGCGCGGGCGACGUGGAUGUCAACGCGGUUGCCGAACGGAUAUUAAGUCUCCUUGCCGAUGAUGACGCUCGCGUCCGUGAUGUGGCAUCAAGCGCGCUCACGAAUGUUGCGUUGUCGUGCGUACGCUCGACGAACGACGCGGUUGCAGAGGAAUCGCACGGAACGACAGAGCCGCAUUUUGCGUACGCGGUGCGCGCCUUCAUGUACGAUCCGUUCAAGGCGUCGAUUCGUGGGCGCUCGGUGAAGGAUCAGCGCGUGUCCCUCGGCGUUGCACGCGCUUGGGCCGCUUUCAAUCGCAGAGUUGUUAGAGAGGAGGACAUCGAACAGCAUGACAUCGCUGUAUUCACGGUGAAGACUCUUCUCGCAGAGGAGCUCGAUGAUAAUCCUCACGCGUGCGCGUGCGCUACUUACGUCAUUAGAAUCGGUUGCUUGUCGAAAGCGGACGAGGCGAGUCUCCGCGCGACACUGUCGACGGUGGUCGAGGCGUUUUCGUCAACAGACGUAUUCCGAUUGCUCGUUUCGGCACGCGCGACCACCGAUACUGUUCAAGUCAUUGGUAGUGCCGAUGAAGAACUUUGGUUUUCUACGAUGCACUCAGUCCUUCAACUACUUCGACAUCCGGAUCGACACGUACAAGCUGAAGCUUCCUUGGCGCUGCGAGCACUCGCUCUCGCAUGUCCGACCAAGUUCGUAUCGCAGCUUUAUCAAGCGUUGGCUGAACUUGACAAAUUCGUCACCUCCGUUGACGCGCCAGAUUCGAUCUUGGCUUGCGGCCUCGCGUUUCAUAUCGCGGCUCUUGUGUCCAUCGGUGCAGAGUUUAGCUUUGGUUUGCCAUCGAGCAUCUUGCGAGAUGCCGCUGCUCUAGGUAUACGAUGCGCUACUGGACCUGGAAGUGCGCGCGUACGCGAGGGUGGAUGGAUCGUAAUCGCAGCGUGCCUCGUUGGAUCAGGUGCGGCCGUGGCGUCAGAAAUGUGUGGUGUUUCGAUCAAAUUUGCGUUGACUGCUACAUUCGAUGCAGUCGUCGAAAGUGGUGUGGAGAGCGAACCUGGUGAAAUUUAUGCAGCAGCUGCCGCCGCAGAAGCUUUGUCUGCUUGGCUCAUCGGCGAGCAGAGUCAGUCAUCUAGCCUCACGCCGUUAUUGUUAUCUGCUGUUACGGCGACAGAACGUAUCAUUAGUGCUCGUGAAGGUUCUCUCGAAGACCAACACGCGAAAUCGCUGUUCCGGUUCAGAGUUUUCGAGUUGUUGAACUCGGUACAAAACACAUCGUUCUAUGCAGAUUUACACGCACGAAUCGUCUCACUUUGCCACAGAGCGUCUCAGUCGAAUACGCUUGCGGAUGCGACUCAGCCCGAAAACUUCCUUAAAUCGCAAUUGAGCACGGAGGAUGCGCAUCUUGGGCCGUGGAUGUCGCACGCUGACGCAAACUUUGAUGAACUAUGUACGUUUGAGGGAUCAGUAGACUCUCCCCAUCCGCGAGUUUGGAUAGGGUUAUCGGAGGGUCACGUGUAUCCUAGGUCAAGAUCAAUGAGGGCUUCGACUAGACAAGCUGAAGGCGUUCAGAUAUCGAAACUUUUCUCCGCGUCUCCGCAUUUACGAAUUAGCGUGUUGUAUCACUUUCUCAACACUGCUCAUCGUUUGGCUGGCACCGCUGCCGAUGGACGGGAGUUGUCAGAAAGAGGAGUGUACACGCCCAAGAAGCAAAGUGCAUUGGACGUAAUUCAGAGUCGAGCGAUAAGCGCUUUCGGAUCGCCGUUCAAGGGACGCCGCUCAAAGGUCGACGAGCUGGAGGAGCUUGGUAAUAGACACGCGAUGCUGACUCUUCUUUGCGCCGACGUGCUCGCUGCUGUGAAGCACAUGGUCGAGCAUACAAAGACGCGAGACGCCGAGUUGAUGAAGGAUUUCAAAAAGAUCGCAAACGUGAUGCAAUGUACACACUUUGCUUCGACAACGCACUGGCGAGCCAUAGCGGAGAUUCAUGGUUAUGCAAAUGUGCUCAAUCCAGAUCCCGAUGCUCUUCUACGGGAACUGGUCGAGUCAUCCAAAGAGGCUUUAGGCACGCCCAAUGAUUCUCCGAUACGUAGCAUCAUUGCACUUUCGAUUGCUGCAACGUUUCGAAACGCUAGUGCGAUGACACUUCGUCAAGCGUGUACGCCGGUGGUCACAAAUUUGUUGCAAAUGAGCAUGAAUGUCGAUCAUGCUUUCGCGUCACACAUUUGGUCCUCACAUUGCAUAUGCGUGAUCGGCACACAUAGCGGACAAACCUUUGUACGCGACGCCGAGGAUAGCGUUAAUUUAGCGUUUGCUCUAGCUGACGCACCUUUCCUGCUUGAGGAGGAAAAUGGCCCGAUGACACGCGUCACCGCAGCACGUCUUGUGAACACGGCCAUUUCGGCCGUCGGCCCCGACUUAGACCACGGAUCUCUGUUUUUCAAGCGUUCGGAGGGGCUGAUGAAGAUUUUGUGCGACAUUGACGAUCCCGCAGCUCAACUGGAGUCGACUACGUUCUUGCAGCACAUCGCGACGUUUACUCCGAGGACCCCGAAGGGCCGUGGAUUGGUGGCAAAACUGCGUUUGAUGCUCAAGACGUCGAUAGAUUCUUCUAAUACGGAGGCCGUGAUGUUGACGCUUCGACAUCUUCUAGAAAGAGAUGGUUCAGUCACAAGAUCCCAAACGGGGUUAGACUUGGAGCUUCUGACUGUCUUGGACAGAGAGAGUGAUCCGAGUACCCGGACGUUGCUCAAAAGAUGCGUUGAACUACUCAUUUUGGAUUUGUGCGAGCGCAAACCAAUUGACGCGAUGCAACACCUAUCGAACGUAGCCUUAUACACUUCGAACACUAAAACACGACCAGAAGUGAGUUCGGCCGUCUUGCAAGACGACGAAGAGGCUGAAACUGAUCUUACGAGUCUUGAUGAAGACGAACACGCCAGUGAAGUUGAACGUGGAGCACCCAAGUUGAGUACGCGGUUAUACGCGGCUCAAUUACUGGCUGCCGUACCGACCAUGCUCGGAAAGGACGAGAGGCAUAAGACUUUGACAGCAGCUCGCAAGAGCUUCGAAGCUGAUUCCGAUGAUCGCUGGCUAUCUCUGCACGCUCAGCGUGCGUUUGAUAUUGCUUAUCGAUUGUGUGUGUCGCCGAUUUCGGCACUUCACGCACCUGGAUUGGAUAUGUUCUCAAAUUUGAUGAAUCUUUGGGCGAAAGACUUAGAUCCCGACUCUUUAUCCGAUGCGGAUGCGCGAGCUGUGUAUGUUCUAGAGCAGUAUCAGGCUCAACUUUUGUCGGCCAUGCGCGCGACAGAUCCUGAAAAUGCAUCACUCGAGUCGUUCCUUGCGUUGCUGCGCCUUGUAUCGAGUGCGCUGACGAGCGGUAUCGCCGGUGAAGACGCGGCGAUGACGAAGCGACUUGGGGGCGUCGUGACCAAAAUUGCACGCGAAAUGAAUCAAGGUACAUCCGAUAUCCUAUGUGGAAAGGUUUGCGAUGAAGCGGUUGCGGUGCAAGCGAAAGAAACUUUGGUCAUCAAUAUCGCGAGAAUUGCAUCGAGUGCUCCUGGAGUCGUACCGGAUGACGUUUUGGAAUUCAUGAGCUUCGAAUGGAUCACAGCUAUUCGUAACCCUAGCGGUCGUUGCUCGGACGACGAUUUGAGUGCGAUCAUGUCGGCUUGUUCCAUGUCGAGCCAAAAUUAUGAAAACACUUCGCUGAUUAGAGAGCUGUGUUUCAAAGCACUCAUUUGCGGCUUUAACAACUCGCGUCAGUCUUCUACGCCUCUCGUGAUGCAUGCUAUAAGGACGGCGAAAAACGUUAUACGACACCAAGACGUGGGGAUUUUGUCGUGCGAAGUACGUGUUAUGCGCGAUGUCGUGAUUGAACAUCCCAAUGAAAGUGUUCGCCAGGACGUCAUCGCGCUCAUCGAAGACUUGGAAACUGCGGACAAGAUACAUCCAAACGCGCUCGUUGAUACGAUCGAGUUGAGUGCCAGUCUCAUGUCGAGUCCGAUCGCUACUGAAUCCCAAUUUUCCAGGUUGUUCAUCGUUUGCAUGCGGCUUUCCCGACGGAGUAAGCGAGCUGCGCGUGGUGUGGGAGCGCUCGUAAAUCGGUUUCUUGAGGAUGUACGUUUUGACAAGUAUAAACUGGUCGCUCUUCGAUCGAUACGACUCGCAGAACCCGAUUUAUUGGUCAACGCUCUGACGUCGUAUGGUCACUCCUUCGCGGGUUGCGCGAGAAGGCUAAUCAAAGCGUAUUACGCGUGCGUUGCGAGCGAGCGAGCGCCAGUGGAGGGCUCACUUGAGUUCGUAUCAGAAAGUUUGCAAACGUGGGCCGCGGUGUUUCUUUUGUUGAAAGAUGACGAGGACGAAACGAAAUGUUUGAGGCCUCUCGCGAUCUUCCUCGCAAUCGCAGUAGAGGUGACGGCACCGAAUUGCGUACCAGAGAGCGUGGUCGAUGCCACAGUUGGAUUGCUUGCCUCACAAAUAUUGGUGAAGUUGGCGGCGGUGUGUCCCGAACCAUUUCGGAGCGUCGUCGGCCAGCUCUCUGAUGCGUCGAAGGCGCGGUUGCAAAUGCUGUUGCGCUACAAGCCGACGCAGCACGAGACUCCCGCGUUGAUGUCGCCUCUUAAUAUAGCACUGCCGAGUAUUAGCGCUUGA